AUGUGCAAGUACUUCCACGAGAGUGUUCGCCUCCUCUCUGAGCGUUUUCUAGCCGAGCUGCGUCGGCAUAACUACGUCACGCCCACCUCUUACCUCGAGCUCAUCAGAACCUUCAAGCACCUUCUGCAGCGCAAACGAGAUGAACUCUCUACUUUGCGUAAUCGUUACCUCAGUGGACUGGAUAAGCUGGACUUUGCGUCGAAAGAGAUAGGUAAGAUGAAAGAGGAGCUGGUGCGUUUGCAGCCUCAGCUACUAGCUACUGGGGCAGAGACCGACGCCCUGCUGGCUCGUGUGGCGAAGGAUACCGUGGAGGUGGAGGCGCAGCGCACCAUUGUCGCCUCCGAGCAACUUGCGGCCAAUCAGCAGGCAGCUGCGGCGCAGUCGAUCAAGGAUGAAUGUGAGGCGGAUCUGGCAGAGGCGCUACCUAUUCUCAACGAUGCACUUGCUUCCCUGGACACACUGAAACAGAGUGACAUAACAUUGGUGAAAUCGAUGAAGAACCCGCCAUCAGUGGUUAAGCUGGUGAUGGAGGCAGUGUGCAUCAUGAUGCAGGAGAAGCCGGAGCGUAAGCCGGAUCCUGCGACGGGGAAGAUGAUAGAGGACUACUGGGGCGUCUCCCUGAAACUCCUCGGUGACCUCAAAUUUCUGGAGAAAUUGAAGACCUACAACAUUGACGCUAUACCACCGCAAGCGAUCAAACGCAUCCGCGAGAUCUACAUCCCCAACAGGGACUUCAACCCGAAGAUUGUGCGCAAUGCCAGCACGGCGUGCGAGGGCCUCUGCAAGUGGAUUAUCGCUUUGGACAAGUAUGAUGUAGUUUCCAAAGUGGUAGCCCCCAAGAAAGCCAGGCUGGCGAUUGCGGAGAGUGAGCUAGAAGCUCAGCUUGUCUGCUACUCUAGGAACCAAGACUGGUCUGUUUUCAAAGCUGCAGCUCCAGGAGUUGCAUUCAUAGCUUGUUGUUUAGCCCUUUGA